UCUCGCGAUGGUCUCGUUAUCGUCGAUAUUCACCGUGCCGAUUCUCGGUGAGAAUCGAUCGUAGAUCGAGUGUGUCGCUGCGCUCGUAUGCACGGGGAAACAUAGUGGUCACACGGAAGUAGCAUCGUAAAACGUAUCGUUCGUGAUUUUCAAAGGAAAGACAGAGUGGGAGUAUAAUAACAGACAGUGAAAAAACGAACAAAGAAAGACAGACAGACAGGGAGAAAGAGAGAAAAAAGAACGGAAGAGAAUUACAUGAAAUGUUGUGUACUAUGUGGGACGUCGUGUCGAGUGACAUCGUAGCCUGGAGACAAAAUGGGGCCCGCUGAUCGGGCCCGGAAGAUCUCAGGGGUCCGAUUAAUAACGGAGGUAUGGAUGUCAUCGGGGACGGGGACGAGCAGACCCUCCAGGCGAUUCUCGGUCGGGGCGACUUCGUCGGAGGCAUAGACAACGAGGCUCUGGACUUCUCGCAAUUGGAAGAUUUUAUUAAUAGUGAUAGCGAACAACCGGCCACAUAUUUCGCGGAUACUCUUGCACACAAUGAAAAUGGCGGUGUUACGACGACUCACAACAGUCGGGUCGAAGCGCCAGUCACCCAACAACCCCCGUCUCGACUACCAUCGCCGAUUACACAAAAUCGUCCGGUUUCGAGCACCUGCACAUCUGGCACCACGACAGUGCCGAAUGGCGCCACUUACAAGGAUCCACAAUCGUACGUUCAUCCACACGCGUUGCCAGAAAGUCCACCGGACAGCGGCAGCGAACCACCGUACUCGCCUCCUGGUCACAACGACACUCAACACGUACAUUCGCCACACCAAAAGGUAGCUCUUCAAGAUAUGCUUCUCCACCAUCAAGGCAAUCAGGCAAACUACGCCCCAAGUUUAUUACCCUCUUCCCCAAGGACCUUAUCCUCCUCCACGGAUCCUCUGUUACUGGCACACUCAGUCCUGACCUCGCACCUCCAACCGACAACCCCGAAUCUCCAAUCACAGCAACCGAUAGCUCAGACUCUGGUGCCUUUGCCACACGAGCACAGUCCCGGUAACAUCAAUACUUUGUAUCCGUCGCUGCAGUCAGCGCCGAAGAAGAGGAAACUGAGCCAGGAUGGGCUCGUUCACGUCAAGCAGGAACCGGAACUGGGCACGGUGGAGCACAGUUGCAGCAGCAGCAGCGCAGUCCUCGACGGGGACGAAGUGGCAGACAGUAGCUACAUCGACGCCAGCUACCAGUGCAUUCGGUUUCACCCCUUUCAGCAGACAUCCUGGCACGUUCUUUGCGACCACAAUCUCAAAGAGCUUCCAGUUCCGCACUACCGCGUGGACGCGGACAAGGGUUUCAAUUUCAGCAACUCGGACGACGCGUUCGUUUGUCAGAAGAAAAAUCAUUUUCAGAUCACCUGUCACGCUCAGCUCCAGGGCGAAGCUAUAUUCGUGCGAACCGGGGAAGGUUUGAAAAAGAUAAGUAGUUUCCAAUUACACUUUUACGGUGUCAAAGUGGAGUCUCCGACCCAGACGAUCCGUGUCGAGCAGAGCCAGAGCGACAGGAGCAAAAAACCGUUUCAUCCUGUGACGGUGGAACUGGGUGGUGAACGGGUGACCAAGGUGACCGUCGGUCGUCUUCACUUCAGCGAGACGACCAGCAACAACAUGAGGAAGAAAGGGAAACCGAAUCCGGAUCAGAGAUAUUUCCAUUUGGUUGUCGGCUUGCACGUGCACACCGCGGACCAAGCUAGCUACCAGGUGGUCGCUCAUGCGUCGGAGAGGAUAAUAGUGAGGGCAAGUAAUCCAGGACAAUUCGAGUCGGAAGGCAGUGGUGUAGGCGCUGAAGGGGGUUGGCAAAGGGGGGCAGCUUCAGACAGCGUUUACCAUGUUGGUCGAGUCGGGAUUAACACCGACAGACCAGACGAAGCUCUAGUUGUUCACGGUAACAUGAAGGUGACAGGUCACAUUGUUCAGCCCAGCGACGCACGAGCGAAACAGAACGUGCAGGAGGUCGACACUCGCGAACAAUUGCGGAACGUGCAACAGUUGAGAGUGGUUCGGUAUAGAUACGAUCCAGAAUUCGCGCAGCAUUCCGGCCUGGGUAUCAAACAACAAGAAGACACGGGUGUGAUAGCGCAGGAGGUGCAGCAAAUACUACCGGAAGCUGUGCUACCAGCGGGGGACAUAGUUCUUCCAAAUGGUCAAAGGAUCGAGAAUUUCUUGGUGGUCAACAAGGAGAGGAUAUUCAUGGAGAACGUUGGUGCUGUGAAGGAAUUGUGUAAAGUGACUGACAGCUUGGAGACACGCAUAGACCAACUGGAACGAAUAAACAAACGACUGGCGAAGCUGAAGAGAGGCGACAGCCUCAAGAGUUCUAUCAGUACAAUAUCUAGUAUAUCGAGCAACAAAUACUCAUCCUCUAUGAAUAAUAAGACGUCUGUACAGGGAAAGGCGAAGAAGUGCGAGCGGGAGGACGAACUCCUUUGCAGCAACAAGUUUAUUCAGAUUAUCAUCGUUAUUCUUAUCCUUAUUAUGGCGUUUUGCUUAGUCGCGAUGGCAACUUUAUACUUCUUAGAGUAUCAGAAGCGUAGCAGUCUGGAAUGGUCCGCAGUAGCCAGCAACGGAAUGCUGGCCAUCAGACCGGCUCAUCCGUCGACGGUGUCGAGUACGCCUAAUUACGAUCCACGUUAUAAUUCGUUGUUAGACAGUACUCUGUCCUCGUCGUUCACUAAACACGGCUCCCACACAAGAGGAUCAGACGGUAGUUUAUCGAUCAAAAGCAACGCGUUCUCCACGCAAGCACCGCACACGAAACAGCAGCUUUAUUCUCAAGAAAUCACCUGGUACCCGAUUAGUCACUCGGGUCCGCAGCUGAAAGUCGAAAAGAACAGUGAAUUUCCUGGAAAUUGGCUGAGCAAAAGCGGCGCAGGUGCUGUUCCUAGCAAUGUAGACGAGAACGAUCAGGGUUCAGACGUGGACUCGUCUUUGAGCAAAGGUCCGACGCCCAUCGGCAGACCGGUGAAUUGCCCAAAACAUUUCACUGAAUUCGAAAACCCGUGUCAGGUGUACUGUUGCACGGCCAAAAUUCACCAAUUCGAGGAUCAGCAGCCUGAUCAUCCCCCGGAAAAGAAAUCCAUUUCAGAUCAUAUAGAGCAGCCAUUGAAUGUACACGAGGAGAAACGUAAGAUAAGUAAGGGUUUCCAGAAUGGCAUCAGUCCAUCCGAUCCGAGCACGCAGACGCUUGUGAAAGAGAAUAAUUAUAAAUAUCUGCAUAAGAGGACAAGAAGGGAGAACAGUGGCGGUGAUUGGGGAGAGGUGGCCAGCAACGCGGCUGGAUCAUUGCCACCGGAGCCGAAACCUCAAUUGUGGAUUGUGGCGGAAAGCUUUAACACUUCUCUCGAUCAAAAGUAUUGCUCUGCAUCUUCGCAGGAUACAUUGAAUAAUAUUACUUGCAUCGUACCUCUGUCCAAGUAUAUGCCGGAUACACAUCUUACCUUACAUUUUGUUGGAAUGCCUUGGUACUGGCAAGUGGUACAACAAUGCUCUCUAUCGACAAAUUCUGGGGUAGAUGAGACGAUGAUGUGCGGUCGAAAGUACACGGUGCAACAACCAGCUCAAUACAUGGAGAAUAACAAUCAGCCAGGGGAUCAGUCGUUUUCUCUUGAUGUUGCUCAUUAUCUCAGGAAGACGUUGAGGUUUCGUGUGCCUACUGUACAGCCUCAGGAGAAUAUUUGUAAAAAUAAACCAGGUGUCGAUUACUCGGAGUACACAUUGCAGUUCUAUCGAGAUUGCGACGAGUAA